AUGGUGCCCCCUGAAGACCCCAACCAUGCCACAUCCAUGGCUGUGUUGGAUGCCGUGUCCAUGGAAGAUGCCAUGCCCACGUCCAUGGUGGAUACCAUGCUCAUGCCCAUGGUAGAUGCCAUCUCUGCACACAGCAGGUCUCCCAGCCAGGACGACCCCUCGGACCUCAGCAUCGGCACCCCGGUGCAGGGACACGUUGCGGCUGCUCGGGGUCCCCGCGCUUCCCACAUCCCCCCAGAGCUGGGUGUCUGCACCUUCUCCAGGGUCCCCCCACCCUGUGCUGCCUGGGGUUUCCUCUCCGCCGCAGCCCAAAUCGAAGUGAUCCCAUGCAAGAUCUGCGGAGACAAGUCCUCGGGGAUCCACUACGGUGUUAUCACCUGCGAAGGCUGCAAGGGUUUUUUUCGGAGGAGCCAGCAGAACAACGCCAGCUACUCCUGCUCCCGGCAGAGGAACUGCCUGAUCGACCGCACCAAUCGCAACCGCUGCCAGCACUGCCGCCUGCAGAAAUGCCUGGCGCUGGGCAUGUCCCGCGAUGCGGUGAAGUUCGGCCGCAUGUCGAAGAAGCAGCGGGACAGCCUCUACGCCGAGGUGCAGAAGCACCAGCAGAGCCAGGAGCAGAGCGGCGGUGCCAAGGAUGAGCCCGAGCCCCUGAGCCGCGUCUACACCACCAGCGUCAGCAGUGGGCUCUCGGACCUGGACGACAUCUCUACGCUGUCGGACGGGCUCCUCUUCGACUUCCCCCUCACCCCCGAUGGCAGCAGCACCUACUACAACCUCGACCUGCUCGCCUCGGCGCAGCCCUCGCCCGACCAAUCCAGCCUGGACAUGGCCGAUGCCACGCUCAUCAAGCAGGAGUCCAUCUACGAGCUGAUGCUGGAGCCAGCCCUGUUCGCGCACGGCGCGCUGGAGGGCGGCCAGCUGGCUGCCGAUAUUUCCAUCCUUGAGAUUGACCGGGUGGCUCAGAAUGUGGUGAAGUCGCACCUGGAGACGUGCCAGUACACGACGGAGGAGCUCAAGCGCCUGGCGUGGAGCCUCUACUCCCCCGAGGAGGUCCGCACCUUGCAGAGCAAGAGCUGUGAGGCCAUGUGGCAGCAGUGCUCGCUGCAGAUCUCCAACGCCAUCCAGUACGUGGUGGAGUUUGCCAAGCGCAUCGACGGCUUCAUGGAGCUCUGCCAGAACGACCAAAUCAUCCUCCUGAAAGCCGGUUGCCUCGAGGUGCUCCUAAUCCGCAUGAUCCGCGCGUUCAACCCCUUGAACAACACCGUCCUCUUCGAGGGGAAGUUUGGCGGCGUGCAGAUGUUCAAGUCGCUCGGCUGCGACGACCUCAUUGGCGCCAUCUUCGAGCUGGGGAGGCCCGGCCACCCGCUGUCUCCCGUAGAUCGCCCGUGGCUGACCGAGUCCAAGAAGGUGCAGAAGCUCCAGGACAAGAUCUACGUGGCCCUGCAGCACGAGAUCCAGAAGAAACACUCCGCCGAGGACAAGCUCUCGAAGAUGGUUUCCAAGCUGCCCUUGAUGAAGACCAUUUGCAACCUGCACCUGGACAAGCUGGAAUUUUUCCGUCUCCUGCACCCAGAAACCGCCAUGAACUUCCCACCCCUCUAUAAGGAGGUCUUCAACUCGGAGCUUCAGUACAGCGACCCACGGGAGAGCUAA